CUACAUUAGGUCGAAGAAACUCUGCAUAUCGAGCCCUGCUAACCAGAAACCGCCUUCAAAUAUGUCGCAACUCAAGAUCGCUUCAGUUCAGUUCGAGAACUAUUCCGGAAGCAAGGAUAAAAACUUAGCCAUCAUCCACCGAAUGGCAAGUGAUGCGGCAAAUCGCGGAUGCAAAGUUGUUGCAUUUCAUGAAUGCUCGGUUACCGGCUAUACCUUCGCUAGCCGUCUCUCCAAAGAAGAACUGCUUAAUCUUGCCGAAGAGGUCCCUGCCGGUCCAAGCACAGGCUCUUUGAUUGAAACUGCCCGUGAGCUUGGCAUCGCUAUCCUGGCUGGCCUCUUCGAGAAAGAUGAAGAUGGUCGCAUUUACAAUACAUACAUCUGCGUCGACAGCACCAGAGGCUUUAUAGCCAAGUUUCGCAAACUUCACCCCUUCAUCAGCCCCUAUUUAAGCCCAGGCAAUGAAUAUGUGGUUUUUGACAUUCUUGGUUGGAAAUGCGGUAUUUUGAUCUGCUAUGACAACAAUGUUGUCGAGAAUGUCCGGGCUACAGCUCUUCUCGGUGCAGAGAUCAUAUUCAUGCCGCACGUAACAAUGUGCACUCCGUCAACUCGCCCUGGCGCUGGUUUCGUGGAUUCAUCGCUUUGGACUAAUCGACAGCAAGAUCCAACAUCUCUGCGGGCCGAGUUCAACAGUCUGAAAGGCAGACAAUGGUUGAUGAAAUGGCUACCCGCAAGAGCCUACGACAACGCAGUAUACGCCGUCUUCUCAAAUCCAAUCGGCAUGGACGAUGAUCAAUUGAAGAAUGGCUGUUCCAUGAUCAUUGACCCGUUCGGGGAUAUCUUGAGUGAGUGCUCUCUGCUUGGACAGGAUAUGGCUGUUGCGACUUGCAGCAAAGACAAGCUGCAAUUGGCAGGCGGGUUUCGGUAUAGACAAGCCAGAAGAUCCGAGCUAUACCGAAACAUCAUAGGCUCGGAUCACAACUCCUCUCUGAAUGUCUCCUGGUUGGGCAAGUAGGCCUCUCCGGAAGUCUGGGCUGGCGAUGAUGAGGCUUGGCUGCCGACCGGUUAACUCAUCAAACAGCACUGGUCGCGUGGCCCAAUGGCAAGGCGUCUGACUACGAAUCAGAAGAUUCUGGGUUCGAUCCCCAGCGUGAUCAAUCUUUUUGCUUGUCGGGCCGAUGUCUAGUGUUUUAAGAAUAAGGUUUAACAUUCAUGCCAUUCGCUC